AUGAGCGUUGAUUGUUUGCUGACCCCGUCGGGCUUUUGUGAAAGCAUAACAAGCUAUGAAGUACAUUUAGACUUUCGUCGGAAUACAACGGAUGAAGAUUUGAGUACUACAGGAUGGUACAAUUACUUUCCAUCGAUCAAUACGACGUAUUGUGAGUCGACAGAUGGAGCGUGCAUCCUCUGUGACAAGCUUGUGAAUAAUGGCACGUUUGGUCAUUUGAAGACUAAGAAUGUAUCGAUGGAAGUGGAACGACAAUUCUGUCGAGGAACUAAUGGAUGCGUCUGUAUCAUGGCUUGUGAAUCGGACCAUUGGAAAGCAAACAUGCCGGUGGCAUGCGACACGAAUGGAAAGACAUUGGACAACACCAAUCCGUCGUCUACGGACGUAGCAACGUACAACUCCAUGUUAAUUUUCUGUCUCGUGCUACAGGUCGUGCUAUUAGCGGUGUUCAUGUACAAACGGGGACUUUGCCGCGGUAGAGCUCGACCCCCACCGCCUCCUCGAUCAGAAGGCCCGUACAACAAUGUGGACGCCAUUACAUCACCGUCGAAUCGAUUGCGGCUUUCGGGGUGGAGAAAAAUGCAGAACAAGUUGAUUGAGCGCGAGACAAAGCAGCGUGCUGUCGAACAGCCGCAGUACAUGACAUCGCCUCGAGUGGAAGCGGCAGGUGCUCCGCGUGAAGCUAGCACUCUGAUGUCGCCUCAGACUUCAGCUCGAAAUAGUGAGACUGAGGGAGCGGUGUACACGCAGGUGCAGGAUAUUUCCAGCACACCGGGAAACAGCAGCCUUUGUAAUACUCGACAAGCAAGUGUCAAUAGCGACGUUGACGUGGCUGUGAGGAGAGCAGACUCACGGACUGAGCGGACGUCCAUAGCUUGA